UAAAACCCAGUCCCUAAAAUGGAAGAAGGCAAAAGCCAAAGUUUUGAGGAAGACUUUGAAGGACAGGCCACACAUACAGGUCCCAAAGGAGUAAUAAAUGAUUGGAGAAAGUUUAAAUUAAGGAGUGAAGAUAUUGAAUCCAUCCCACCUAGCAAGAAGGAGAUUCUGAGGCAAAUGUCUUCUCCUCAGAGUAGAGAUGACAAAGACUCAAAAGAAAGAUUCAGCAGAAAGAUGAGCAUUCAAGAAUAUGAACUAAUCCAUCAAGACAAAGAGGACGAAAACUGCCUACGUAAAUACCGCAGACAGUGCAUGCAGGAUAUGCAUCAGAAGCUGAGUUUUGGGCCUAGAUACGGGUUUGUAUAUGAGCUGGAAACUGGGGAGCAAUUCCUAGAAACAAUUGAAAAGGAGCAAAAGAUCACUACAAUAGUUGUGCACAUUUAUGAAGAUGGCAUUAAGGGUUGUGAUGCUCUAAACAGUAGUUUUACAUACCUUGCAGCAGAAUACCCUAUGGUCAAAUUCUGUAAAAUAAAAGCUUCUAAUACAGGUGCUAGGGACCGCUUUUCCUCAGAUGUCCUCCCCACGCUGCUUGUUUACAAAGGUGGGGAACUCAUAAGUAACUUUAUUAGUAUUGCGGAACAGUUUGCUGAAGAAUUUUUUGCUGGGGAUGUGGAGUCUUUCCUAAAUGAAUAUGGUCUGCUACCUGAAAGAGAGAUACAAGCCCUAGAGCAGACCAACAUGGAGGAAGAAGAUAUGGAAUAA